UUGCCCUGUCUCCUUCUGUCUUCUUUUCUUGCGAACGUUUCGUUCGCUCAGAGGAUGAGUUCAUCUCCAGUUGAUUUCGAACUAGCUGGUUAGCCUGGUUGGGGGGCAGCGAUGGAAGAUUUGCGUUUCACUGUUGGAGAUGGUUUGGCUGCCUUUGAUUUUCGUUUGGGGAGGCGAGCUGCGAAUCCAGCCCCUUUUGGUCUUCGUUUCAGGGAUUUAUCUGUUCGUUGUGAUAUUUUCCACAGAUUCUACAACCUUCGUCUCAGGCAUCUUCUAUCUCUCUUGGCUGCGAAUUCUUGCAUCUUUUGUCUUGGGAUCGAAACACCACUGACACUCAUAUCUGUUUCGUUAUCCCAUGGGAAUGGAUCCUCUGAUUUGGUUGCUUCCAAAAAAUGUUUGAUUGAGUUGUCUGGACAAAGAGAAUGUAAAUCUAGAUCAACGCUUACAGAAAAUUAAAGUUCUAUGCUCCCUGUUUCAUUCUUAUUAUUGGAGUAAUCAAAUGUCUAAGGAAAUGGUAUGAUCUACUAAUUUCCCACAAAGAAGAGCUUGGACAACUCAUUACCUUGGAGCAAGGGAAACCUCUAAAAGAAGCCAUUGGUGAGGUGAGUUACGGGGCUGGGUUUAUUGAGUUGUAUGCUGAGGAGGCAAAACGUGUAUAUGGUGAUAUCAUACCACCAACUCUUUCUGAUCGACGGUUGUUUGUUUUGAAGCAGAUUUUCAGUUUUUGCAAGAUGGUAGUAGUGUAUGAGAUAGUCAAGAUGAGGCUGUGAAUAGAAGGCAGUUCUUUGCAGGCUAGACAAGAGGCCAAGACACUCGCAAGACUUUCACUGACCACCUAUACACGGCUCUUAUCAACGCCGGAUUUCGCACUUUCCGAGACGACGAUGAAGUCGAGAGAGGAGAAGACAGGAAGUCUUGCGAAGGCAUUUGCUAUACUCCAAAAAAAACAACCGUCGAACAAAGUGAAGGAAUGGAGGGAGGUACUUGCAGAGGUUGCAGAUCUGGCAGGGAUGGUCUUACAAAAUCAAGCUGAUGGACACGAGUCAAAGUUUAUCAACAAGAUUGUUCAAGUGAUAGGAGGGAAACUAAGGCGUAGACCCCUAAGUGUUCCCCACAUCAUGAUCGGAAGGCAUUCUCUAGAUCUAGUCAACGAACUGAAUUUAUGGUUACAAGAUGGAUCAGAUGAUGUUGGCAUACUUGUAAUUUAUGGCAUGAGUGGAAUAGGGAAGACAACCAUUGCAAAGUUUGUUUAUAAUUCAAACUACGGAAGGUUUGAAGGAAGGAGCUUCCUUGAAAACAUAAAAAAAGUUUCGCAGCAACCCAAUGGCUUAGUUCAAUUACAAACACAGCUUCUUUCUGAUAUUUUGAAUGGGAGAAAAUUGAAAAUAAGCAGUGUUAGUGAAGGAUUAACUGAGAUUGAAGAUGCAAUAAGCUCUAAGAAGGUUCUCCUUGUUCUCGAUGAUGUGGAUCAUAUGGAUCAAUUAGAUGCAGUAUUUCGGAUGAAAGAUCAGUUUUAUCCAGGAAGUAAAAUUAUAAUAACAACUAGGCAUGCAAGAUUGUUAAGGGCUGAUCAAGUUACUAAGAUGCAUGAAGUUGAAACUUCGCAUGACAAGGAAUCAUUGGAGCUUUUUAGUUGGCACGCUUUUGGUCAGGACCAUCCCAUUGAAGGUUACAUAGAGUAUUCGCAAAAAAUAGUGGAUCAUUGCGGAGGACUUCCAUUAGCUCUUAAAGUUUUAGGUUCUUCUAUGUACUUGAAGGAUGUAUGGAAAAGUGCACUGGAGAAGUUAGAAGCCAUUCCAAAUGGUGAAAUAGUAAAUAAACUAAGAGUAAGCUAUAACUCUUUGCAAGAUGACCAUGACCGAAAAUUAUUCCUCCACAUUGCUUGUUUCUUUAUCGGAAAGGACAAAGACUACAUUGUUAACAUACUAGAUGCAUGUGAUUUCUAUACAAUUGUUGGCAUUCAAAAUCUCAUCAAUAGAUGUUUGGUCAGUAUUGAUAAAUGGGAGAAGGUGCAGAUGCAUGACAUGAUCUGUGGAAUGGGAAGAGAAAUUGUUCGCCUAGAAUCAGAGAAGCCUUGGAAGCGUAGUAGAGUGUGGCAACAUAAGGAUGCUUUCAAUAUCUUGACAAAAAAGAAUGGUACAGAUUCAAUUGAAGGCCUUGUCCUCGACAUGCACAUGCUCCCUAGAAACAGUGGCAUAAACUCAAUGGAGAUAGUCUUGGAAACCAAUGCAUUUGCAAGGAUGCAUGAACUAAAACUACUCCAUCUUAGUCAUGUACAACUCAACGGUUCUUAUGCAGAAUUUUGUACAGGAUUAAGAUUGUUGUGUUGGAAUAAGUUUCCUUUGGAUUCUAUACCCACAGAUUUUCCUUUGGGGAGCCUGGUUGUUCUUGAAAUGCAAUAUAGCGGCUUGAGGCAAGUCUUCAAAGGAACAAAACAUCUUUCAUCAUUGAAGAUCCUUGAUCUCAGCCAUUCUCAUACACUUACAGAAAUCACCGACUUCUCAUUUUGCCCAAAUCUAGAGAAAUUGAUUCUUGUAGAUUGUGAAAGACUGGUUGAUGUCAAUGAAUCCAUUGGGAACCUUGAGAGACUUGUUUACUUGAAUAUGAAGGAUUGCAAAAAUAUUAGGAUGCUUCCAGAGAACAUGGGUAGGCUAAAAUUACUUGAAACGCUUAUUAUAUCUGGUUGCACAUGUCUUGAUGAGUUCCCAAUUGAGAUGUUGAGGAACAUGGAAUAUCUGAAAGUGCUUCUUACAGAUGGAGUUCCAAUAGGUGAACUAAGGCCAGGAAGAAGUUCAUAUAUCUUGAGUUCUUUACCAUGCUCUUUAGUAGAUUUAAGUCUUGAAGGGUGCAAUCUUUCUAAUGAUGCCUUUCCUAGGGAAUUUAGUAAUCUAUCCUCAUUGCGAAGACUAAAUCUAAGGAACAAUCCAAUUUGUGUCCUACCAAAUUGCAUAAAAGAUUUAACGAGGCUUGAUGAACUCUUUUUUUUGGGAUGUAAGAAUCUCAAAUCACUUCGUGGGUUACCAAAACUGAGAUUCUUGUCGAUAAGAAAUUGCGAAUCAUUGGAAACAAUAACAUACCAAUGCUCUCGGUACCGCAGUCACUUUACCUUAGUGGGUAACAAUUGCAACCUAGUUGAGUGGGAGAAUAAGUUCAAGCUAGAACCCAUUGGAAGUGUUGAUGCAGAACUGAUCAACCUUUUGGGCUUGUCCAACUUGGAAACCAUGGCACCCAUUCUGAUGCACAGACGAUUUUCUGGGAUCCCAAGCGGGGAUGAUUGGAAUACUGUUCAGGGAUUGUACGAACGCGGUAUAUUCAGCACAUUUUUUGCUGGGAAUGAGGUUCCAGGCCAGUUCAGCCAUAAAAGUACAAAGUCCCCGAUAUCUUUUACAGUGCCAUUACGUGAUUAUUAUCGAGGCUUGAAGGUCUUCGCUGUCUACACAAAACAUGAGCAUGACAAUGACAAUGGUCCUGAUUAUAUACAUGGGCCAAUAGUGACUACAGUCAGAAAUAAGAGCAAGCGUCUGGAGUGGAUCUAUGCUCCAACAUGCUACGGUAUUCCAGGUGAAGGAGAAGACAUGAUAUGGUUAAGCCUCUGGAAGUUGAAGGAGCAGGUUCACUUAGAAGGUGGCGAUGAAGUGGUUGUUUCAGUAAUAAUGCGACCUUGGCUUCAGGUCAAGGAGUUUGGCAUCCAGCUUCAAGAGAAUCAUAAUAUGAUGAGUGUUUCCACAGAAUCUUCUUAUUAUCCAUGUGUCGUGGGUGGAGAUUUGGGUCAAUAUCAGUCACUGGAAUACCGGCUUUCUCCACAAACACAUCCGUUUUGGCUUAAUAUGAUCCGUGGGGACUCUGAUGAUGAAGAUACGACUGACAAUGAAGAAGAGCAAGAGGAUGAUCGCUCAAUUGCAGCCCCCACAGGCAGUAAUAACUGCAGCAGCUGCCUCCAUGGCUGGAAAGUGCUCAUCACCGCAGCUUGGAACCUCACGCUUUCUCUCUCACGCAGACAGAAGCAACAGUCAGAAAGUCGUGGCUGAAUUAUUUGUACAUCUCAACUCAACAGCUGGUUAUUUGUACAUCCAAUGUCUUCCCAAGACCUAUUCGUUUCAUAGCAUCAAAUACAUCUUCUAUUGAACCAAGUUUUUCUAACGUUCUCUCUUGAUUUUUUGUUCUAUUCAUUUACAAAAAGACUUU